CGCCCAAUCAACAAUAACUCGUUAGCAGUCGCUUUCCUUUUCUCUGUGACUGUGAAAGCUAUCUUGCCUUCCAGGGUUUCACCCCCUCCAGCCCGUUACUUCCAAAAGAUCUACAAGGAGCUUGGCAGAGGAACUGGGACUCUCUGAAGGGAAUACAGUCCGGCUGCCUUUACAACUACGCCCGAAGCAUGGUUAUUUUGGAGGAAGGCUCUUACACGAGCUAAGUUGCAGCAUUCGUUUCAAAAUAUAGUGGAGGUCUACGAGAGCGCCGAACACCAGAGGUAAACUUGUGGACGCUUAAAUCUGCCAUUUGAAUGAAAUAAUCAACUUUUCUGAAAGCAGCAAUUCUUCGGGACUGCGAUGACCUCCAGUAAAGACAUGAAGGCAGGUUCUGUGUUGCAGUCCAGCGGCGAGGAGCGGAGGCGGGCUCCCCUGGACCAGCUGCCGCCGCCGGCCAACUCCAACAAACCGUUAACGCCGUUCAGUAUUGAGGAUAUCCUUAACAAACCCUCCGUGAAGAAGUCGGUCGCCAGUAUCUGUCCGCCCAGAGUGCUCGAGAAAGUGACGGGCUCCAACUCAGCGAGGAACGGGAUCAGCACUCCGUCCUCGCCGCUGUGCGCGCUGGAGGAGCUGGCCAGCAAAACGUUUAAGGGUCUGGAAGUCAGCGUCAUCCAAGCAGCGGAAGGUCGAGAGCAUCUAAAUGCUUUUGGACAGAGGCAGACGUCUAAGAAAAGGAGAAAGUCGCGGACGGCCUUCACGAACCAUCAGAUUUACGAACUGGAGAAGAGGUUUUUGUACCAGAAGUACCUUUCUCCGGCCGACCGUGACCAAAUCGCGCAGCAGCUGGGACUCUCCAACGCGCAGGUCAUCACCUGGUUUCAGAAUCGCAGAGCCAAACUCAAGAGGGAUCUGGAGGAGAUGAAAGCAGAUGUUGAGUCGCUCAAGAAAAUCACCCCACAGACCCUGCAGAAGCUUGUCACCAUGGACAACAUUGAGGACCCCCAGAGUGGGGGCCCUGAGGCCAGAUCGCCCAGUAUCUCCCCGACCUCUCAAGGACACCGAGCCUUCCCACAGUCCCCCUCCUCGUCGAGAGACCAAACCACGGAUGAAUUCUCGGAGGACGACGAGGAAAUCGAGGUGGAUGAUUGA